AUGUCUAUGGACGAAGUGAUCGAGAACCUCUGGGUCGGCGACUUUGGUGCUGCAACCAGUAUAGAACUUUUGGAGAUGGCCGGUGUAAAGUAUGUAGUCAGUUGUAUGAGAGGCAAGGUUCGGGUCCAUGAGACCAUGCAACGCCAUCAAAUACCCCUCGAUGAUACCGUAGAACAAGACGUCUUAUCUUAUUUGCCGGCAACGAUAGCCUUUAUCCAGAAAUCACUUGCUAGUGGAGAUGGUGUUCUUAUACACUGUAUGGCCGGGAUGAGUCGAAGUGCGACUAUUGCAGCAGCCUACUUGAUGUACAGUCAAGGUCUCGACCCAACAGGGGCUCUCGAACUGAUACGUGAAGUGCGCCCAACCAUCCAGCCAAACCCUUCUUUCCUCCACCAGCUCGACGUCUUCCACGCUGCCUAUUGCAAGAUUUCCAAGCGCGAUAAGAACAUUCGAGAGUAUUAUCUUGAGCGAACGGCCAACGAAAUGAUCAAUGGAGAUGGGUCAGCGCCCGACAUGAGCAUGAUUGCUAGUUAUCCUAGAACACCUACUGCUUCUGCGCCAGGGACCCCUGGUGGACCUCGCCGUCGAAUUCGAUGCAAGAUGUGCCGUCGUGAGCUCGCUACUCGCGAGCACAUGAUGGACCACUCUCAGGGCGGGCCCACUACACCCAUCUCUGUCAAUGGCUCUGCGACUGUUUCUCGCAGACAAUCAUUUAGUGACUCGAACGGGAACGUUGCGAAUGGAUUGCAGCUCACUAGCAUGUCUCCGGCUGGCUCUCGUCGGCCUUCUACCACUAAACCCCCACGCCGAUCGUCCUUGAACCAAUCUAUGAAACCAGGAGGCAUUCUGGGUGGCGGCCUUACCCCAUUGACGACCAUGCAGCCAACCGACAAGCAGGACAAGGUUGACAAGGACGACAAGGACGAUACGAAUGGGUAUAUUAGCCACCCUGAUCGCCGCCCAAGCAUCAUUGCUUCCGAAGCCAUCAAGAAACUGAGUACGCUCACGAUGACAGCCGUCGACUCCGAUGGGCCUGAUGAUUAUGCUGUAGACGAUGAAGACGAGGACGAUGAGACCCCCAGCGCAACCAAUACUAGCGCCGCCCCAAGUCCAAUCACAAUCAGCGGUCCUCUUGUUGGCAACGGCCGAGUCCACGCUUUACGCUCCGACCCACUCAACGGAGUCGCAAUCCGUCGCGGCAAACCACACCGGAUCUCCCUCUCAGGAGCCCAUAAAGAACUAGAAUUGCCACGCACCCCCGCGGACGAGGUCACGCCCGGCCUAGACGCAACCCGCGCCAUCGAUCCCUCUGUCGCUCAGGCCGUGGCCGCCCAGGAGAACGUAAUGGAAUUGGACGAAGUCGCUUCGAGCCCCACUUCUCCCCAAUAUCAACACCCAAGUGAGAUGUACUCGGGCCUACCACCCAAGUUGGCUGCGCUCCGAAGGCCAUCCGUCGCACAAGCGUUCAAGGCCUCGGGUUUGACCGGGAUGACGCCAAUUUCUCAUAGCCCAGCUCUCAGUCCGCCAAUCCUAUACAACCCUAAGUGCUCUGGGUAUUUUGUCGAACCGUUGAAAUGGAUGAAGCCCUUCCUUGAGACUGGCCAACUGGCUGGAAAGAUCAUCUGCCCCAACCCCAAGUGUGGAGCGAAGCUUGGAAACUAUGACUGGGCCGGCGUAAGCUGUAGCUGUAAGGAGUGGGUGACACCCGGAUUCUGCAUCCACAGAUCUAAAGUCGAUGAGAUUUGGUAA